AUGGGAACAGAGACUGCUCAACCGGAUGUCGAGGAAUCGACUGAACCACCUCCUUGUGACCCUCUUCCUCAAGGGACCACGAUUCAACCUGGACAAGCCGUAGACUGUGCCGUUGCUCCCCUUCGUUAUCUAGACGACCGGGACCAGAAGGUAGGAACUCCGGAUAUCUCCUGCCGGGAUUCCUCCGUCACCUACUUGCAGGACGAGGGCCAGUGGGAGGAGAACUACGAAUAUGCCCACACCUUUGCUCCCUCUCACAUUGCCGAUGUACUAGGUGUUAGCUUACAAGAUGGACUCAGCACUGCCCAAGCGGCAUCUCGCCUUGAGCGAGAUGGCCCUAACAAGGUUAAGAGUGCAGCGGGGAUAUCCAUGUGGAAAAUUCUGUUAAGGCAGGUGUCGAACAGUCUGACUUUAGUUUUAGUCAUCACAAUGGCAUUGUCUUUUGGAAUCAACGACUAUAUUGAAGGAGGAGUUAUCACAGCUGUAAUCCUCCUCAAUAUUGUUGUUGGCUUUGUGCAAGACUAUCGCGCUGAAAAGACUAUCCUCUCCCUCCAAGCCCUCUCGGCGCCUGCAGAAACGCUUGUUGUCGGAGAUGUCGUCCAGCUCGCUGUUGGAGACAUGGUUCCCGCCGAUCUAAGGCUUUUUGACGGCAUCAAUGCCUCCACUGAUGAAGCUCUCCUCACUGGAGAGUCGCUGCCUGUUUCAAAACACCCCCACGCUGUGUUUUCCACUCGUGAUAUGGCGGUUGGAGAUCGUACAAAUAUGGCAUAUUCCGGUAGCAUUAUGACUCGAGGUCGUGCUACUGGCGUUGUCGUAUCAACUGGUAUGAAUACUGAAGUUGGCAAGAUCGCGCAACUGCUGCGAGAACAUCGGCCUGAAGAACGCGCAAAUAUUCUCUCCCAGCUCAGCAAAUUCGCACUCUUGCUCUUUGGACUGGCCAUCCUAUUGGCCAUUAUUGUUUUUUCUGCUAACAAGUGGAAUGUUGAAGGAGAAGUACUAAUCUACGGUAUCUGUGUCGCUGUUGCCGUGAUUCCCGAAUCACUCAUCGCUGUGCUGACUAUUACGAUUGCUGUUGGUACUAAAGCGAUGGCCAAAGGUAACGUUAUUGUUAGGAAACUCCAAGCUCUAGAAGCGGUGGGAGGAGUCACGAAUAUUUGCUCCGACAAAACAGGUACCCUGACUCAAGGAAAGAUGAUUGCUCGGAAGGCUUGGAUUCCAGGCACGGGCGUCAUGACGGUGCACGAUACGACCAGUCCUUUCGACCCAAAGAGUGGUUUCGUUCGCAUCGACAAUUUAGAUAUAAACUCGAACCACGAGUCGCUUGAUAGCAAUAGCUCGUUGGAUCGCUUUCUGCGCACCAUUUCCCUUUGCAACCUAUCCACCGUCUACAAUCCUUCUGACAAAGGUUCUGUUGACCGGGGAACCGCUGCAAAUUCGAAGGACUGGACCGCUGUCGGAGAACCCACCGAAAUUGCACUUCAUGUCCUUGCUCUAAGGUUCAAUCACGGGAAACAAAGAUUGCUCCAGGAGCAGGAAAUGGAGCUGCUUGCAGAAUUUCCAUUUGACUCGGCUAUCAAACGAAUGACGGUUGUCUAUCAGAAAAAGGACUGUCGCUAUGCUGACGUGUUUACAAAAGGUGCUGCCGAAGCUUUAUUACCGUUGUUGUCCGUAGACAACACUAUGAAGGAAGAAAUCCGUGCUAUGGUGGAUAGACUCGCUGGCGAAGGCCUUCGAGUCCUUUGCGUCGCGCACAAGGUUAUCAAGGAAGAAGACCUUACUCAGAUUUCAGAGCGUACGCAUACAGAGAUCGGUCUUGAUUUUGUUGGACUCGUUGGCUUAUAUGAUCCUCCACGAUUGGAAACCCCUGGCGCCGUGAGAAAGUGCCAUAUGGCUGGUAUCACUGUGCACAUGCUUACUGGCGAUCAUAUUCGGACGGCAACCGCCAUCGCUUACGAAGUAGGUAUAUUGGGAACAACGAUCCCAUCGGCUCAGGCGAGUACUGUCGUCAUGGCCGCAGAAGACUUUGACAAGUUGUCAGACUCAGAGAUUGAUGCCAUUGAAGCAUUGCCAUUGGUUAUUGCUCGAUGCAGCCCCACGACCAAGGUUCGUAUGGUAGAAGCAAUGCAUCGAAGAGGUGCCUUCUGCGUUAUGACUGGCGAUGGCGUCAACGAUUCUCCGGCCUUGAAACGUGCAGAUGUUGGAAUCGCCAUGGGCAAAAGUGGAAGCGAUGUGGCCAAGGAAGCCGCAGAUAUGGUCUUAACUGAUGACGAUUUCGCAUCUGUUGUUAAAGCUGUGGAAGAAGGACGACGUCUAUUCGACAAUAUUCAAAAGUUUUUGAUGCACUUGUUGAUAUCCAAUAUCGCGCAAGUCAUCCUCCUCCUCAUAGCCUUAGCGUUCAAGGAUCACGACGGGAACUCCGUGUUUCCACUCUCUCCACUUGAGAUCCUUUGGGCUAAUCUGGUUACUUCGUCGUUCCUCGCCUUAGGCCUUGGACUUGAAGAGGCCCAGCCGGAUAUAAUGUUCCGCGCGCCACACGAUCUCCGCGUUGGAGUGUUUACUCGAGAGUUAAUAACGGAUAAAAUGAUUUACGGCACUUUUAUGGGCUCCUUGUGUCUCUUAGCAUUCGUUUCAGUCGUAUACGGAGCUGGUGAUGGAUACCUGGGAGCUGGCUGCAACCAAGAUUGGAAUCCGACCUGCGACAUCGUGUUUCGGGCUCGUGCAACCACCUUUGCGACCCUCUCAUUCCUUCUUUUAGUCACAGCAUGGGAGGUGAAGCAUUUUACCCGGUCGCUCUUCAACAUGAACCCGACCGGCAACAAGGGGGGCGUGUUUUCGGUUUUCCCUACUAUCUGGAGAAAUCGGUUCCUCUUCUGUGCGGUUGGCGCUGGGUUUUUUAUUGCCUUCCCCUUGGUCUACCUGCCUACUGUGAAUCGUCUGGUGUUUAAGCACUUGGGCAUCACAUGGGAAUGGGGGGUCGUUGCAGCCUGCGUCGCGGUUUAUAUCAUGCUUAUUGAGAGCUGGAAAGCCGUUAAGCGGGCGUUUGGAAUUGGGGGCGGGAAGAACAGAGUGUUCACCGCGGAAGAUGCAGAGAUGAGAGUCGGCCUGGCGCCGAUGGUUGGUCCGCCGGUGGAGUCAAGGGAGGAUACCAUGGAGAAGAAGUGA